AUGAAAUGGAUCACAAGGAACUAUGGAACUCAUGCUGACAAUCAUUUGGAUCCAAACGCCUUACCGGAGAUCAACGGUAUCAACUACAGGGACGUGGUGACUGAGAACAUGUCAAUAGCUGCCGGCCUGGAGGGGAUAACAGGCGAUCCCUUCACUGGUAUUUGCAUCGCUAACAUGACUAUAGGGAUGGCAAAGAAGUAUCCAUGGAGUUGCCUUGAGGUGGAGGGGGUGGUGCCGCCACCGUGUGGGUUGUUGGCUGAUCAGGGAGAAGAGAAACUGGCUGUUGAUGGUAUACAGUUGCAGAAAUGUUCUUACAGGAUGAAGUAUAAUUUCUGA